AUGAGGACUGAUAAAGCAAUACUUCGCAGCCUUUGUAUCACGAUCCUGAUUUUAUGCCUUCUUUUGGGUCUUCGCUUCUACUCAGGAAUUAUCUCGCCCAAACAACGCGUGCAGAUUGUACCGCACGAGCGUUAUACCACCAGGCCAGGAAAACUUCCCAAUACCGAUGCGCUCUUCAGACAGGCGCGCUUUAUCCUUACCGAAGUUUGGAGACUGAGUAAUGCCCAAUUCCGCACAGUCCACAAUCAAACAUCCCCACUAGCAGGAAAAUUGCACAGCCUGUUGUCUCAAGCCACACUACAGCUCACUGCCAGAAUGACUCUCCUGGAAAAACUCAGUGGUCAUCGUGAAAGAAGACGUCAAGCGGUGGAUGCGCUAAGUGCAGAAUUCCGCAGUCGGCUUUCAAGGCUGCAGAACCCGCCUGACUGCAAUCGGUCUCACUUCGCGCUGGGCAACUCGAAGUAUGAACCGAUUUGUGGAUAUGGAUGUACUGCACACACCGUGGCUUGGAAGUUGUCCUAUACAUUUGCAACAAAUCGUACCCUACUGAUUGCGCCCAAUGACUGGAAGUCCUUUUUUCUGCCAGUGUCAAAUUGCUCGCAAAUCGAUGUCCCCGCAGGACAGCCAGAAUUCGGUUUCCAGGACUACGCCAUUCGGGGUAUAAAGGGGAGCUAUCGUCCGCCGGCUAUGCCACGGGAGUGGUCGGCAAGACUGGCAGGCCUG